AGUCAGGCUACUUCUUGCUCUGUGCUGUACAGAUACAGUGCCUUAAAUGUUAAGCCAAUUGUGCAUAUUUGUUGUACUGUGUUUAUUUGAGAACAUGCGAUGUGCAUGCUCAGCACAACACAGAAUAACACGGGAUAUGCCUUUGGGAGCUGAGGUAUCAACACUUAUUUCUGAGGUCAAGAUGAGGUAGCCUUCCACAGAAAUGGGAGGGGCCUUAAAGCCUGCCUUCUCAUCAAAGCCCUGUGACAAAGAAUGGCCACCAGAAGUCCUCAUCUAGAGGAUGACCUUUCCUGUCCAAUUUGUGGACACAUUCUCACUCAGCCACUGGUGCUCAAUUGCAGACAUAGAUUCUGUAAAGCCUGUCUGAGAGACAGCUGGGAGACACAAGGCAGCGAGGAUUCACACUACUGUCCUCUGUGCUGGCGCCGUGCCUCCAUGGAUCAAGUUGUGGUGAGCUCUGUGCUGGAGAAGUCCUGUGAAUCCUUCAAGCAGGACAGAAGCAAGAAUGACCCAGAGGCUUGUAAGCAGCACGGAGAAAAGCUCACAUUGUUCUGUCUGGAGGACUUGGAGCCAAUCUGUGGUACAUGUGGGAAAGCAGCUGCACACAUUGGGCACAGGCUCUAUCCCAUUGGGGAAGGUGCUCAUGACUGUAAGGAGGAACUGAAGAGUGCGCUGUUGCCUUUGAAAGAGAAGUUGCAGCUCUACAAGAAGGCAAAAAUGGCCUGUGAGGAGAUGGCACAACAUGUCAAGGCUGAACAUACCGAAACACAGAUCAAAAAGGAAUUUGAAGCCCUUCAUAAUUUCCUGAAGGAGCAGGAGACUGCCAGACUUUCAGCUUUAAAGGCUGAGAAGGAUCAGAAGAAUCUAAUGGUUAACCAGAGGUUUGAGGAGAUGAGCAAUCAAAUUACAUCUCUCUCCAACACCAUCAGAUUAGUGGAACAGGAGAUGAAAUCUCAAGAUAUCCCAUUUCUUAAGAAUUACAAGGAAACAAUAAGUAGAACUUGGCAAACUUCUCUUGAACCACAAAUGAUUGCUGGUUCUCUGAUUGAUGUGGCCAAGCACUUGGGCUCUCUGAAAUACAAAGUGUGGGAGAAGAUGAAGAGUAUAGUUAAAUUAUAUCCUGUGAUUCUGGAUCCCAACACCGCAGCUAGCUGCUUCAUCCUCUCAGAGGAUCUCACAGUUGUGCAGAACUCUACCCAGAUCUUCAAGCUGCCAGACAACCCAGAACGCUUUGACAUCAGUGCUGAAAUGCUGGCUGCUGAGAGCUAUAAAUCUGGACGCCAUAGCUGGGAUGUGGAGGUAAAGGAUAACACCUACUGGGUGGUGGGAGUAGCCAGCGAGUCCAUCAACAGGAAGGGUAAACAUGUGCUGACACCAGCAGAGGGAUUCUGGACUAUAAGGUUUCGCAACGGAGAGCAUAAGGCCUGCACUGCACCAUGGGAGCCGCUGAACAUGACUACGAAACCAGAAGUGAUAAGAAUAGUUUUAGACAUGGACAGAGGCAAGGUGACUUUUUAUAACCCUGGAGAGAGAACACCUCUCUACACCUUCAAAGAUAUAAUCACACCAAGUGCCUUUCCCUACUUUUGCUCCGCCUGCAAAGAGCACCCACUAAAAAUCCUCCCCACUAGGAUACUCUUGUCAACGGACAACUAAUUCACAUUGGAGUGAGACAAAUUGCCAACUAUUGUCUGUAUAAAAAUCAUCCUAUGAUGCUUGUGAAGGUUAUUGUCUUAAUGAAUGACAUGAAACAAACCAAUAUGUUUUAAAAUAUUUAAUUUGAGUUACAACAGAAAAUGUAAAAUGCAUGAUUGGAAAUUGUAAAUAGCCUUAUUACCCAUAUAUUACAAUAAGAUUUGUUACAUAAAAUGAGUCAUCUGUGUGACUCAGUUUUGCAUGACACAAGAUCACCACUGUGAUAUUCACAAUCUUUUUAGCUCCUUUCCGAGAAAAGCACUACAAAUUGAAACACUAUCUGAUGUUUCGUAAAAGGCACAUACAGUUAUCAACUUUUGUGUAAUUGCAAACCUGUGCCAGUGUUGUUCAGAGGCUCAAAUAUGACAAGUAAGAUUAGUUUUCCAUUGCAU